UUUUGGAGCGGAACUCUCUAGAGAAGAAAUAUCUGCGGUGCUUAUGAAUUAGGGGCGGUCUAACGAACGACUUAUCGACAAAGAUAUUCUGAGAAGCUUUCGUGGGAGCUCUUUAAUCCAGGUAAGAGAACAAGUCAUUCUUAUGUGAAAACUUUGAUGUUGUCAACUCUGUGAAAGGAACGAAGCAAGGUGGUCUUGAGUUUCGCUUGUUAUUUGUUGUCAUAGCGCUGGAAAGUUCUUUAGACGUAUUCAGAGUAAAUUUGUAUAUCUGUCGAAAAGGCUGGCUUGUUCAAAAUAUGUCUUACGGGCCCUGUUUCAAAACCUCAUCCUUCGAGAGGAAACGGUUUCCGCUGACUGCAAUGUUACCGUUAAUUUUAGAAUUCUACUGGUAGAUUUGUCAUUUUGACUGGGUUUUGCUUGUCUUUUGGUGAUUGGAAUGAACGUUUUAUGAUGUUAGAUACCUUUUUUAACGAACAAAAUUACGCCAACUCUAAGGUUGAGUUGGCGUAUUAUUCUUGUUUCUCCAUUUCUUCCUCGUGUACACCUGGCCAGCCAGCUAGUUAGCCACGGCCGAUAUUUAUAGACAUCGACUUGUUUAUAUCAGAAGAGAUUAGUUUAUUUCAUUCUACAGUUGAUAUUGAUCCACGAAAGAAACCACAGCAGCAGUUCUGAGUACUUGGUGAGCGCAAUUAGUACGUGGAACCAAUACGUAAAUUUUAUUCUGGGCUGAUAAUUUAUCGCCGCGGAAUGUAACCAAACAUGUCAAAUGAUUGCGGCGUGAUUUGUUUCGAAUCUUCCUUUUUGUCCACGAACUAAUGACGUUUUGUAAGCUAAAGAAUUUCAUCGUCACAAUUGUUUCGGGUGAUAAUCCGAUAAUGUUAUUUUUUUUCACGCAGAUAAGUACUAGAGCAAUUCGGAGUUAAUUUUUCAUGAAGUGAGCUAUGUUUUGUGUACGAUUACAAACCACCGUUCUUGAUUACUGAGGUUUUAGUUUUCUUUGUAAUCAAAUCUUUUUGUGUGUAUUUUUUUAACAUUAGCACACUUGGGGAUCGUGUCUGAUUACUUGCGAUCGACUCUAAUUUGUCUUCCCGAAUCACACUUUUCGCACGACAACUUUCUGUCCUUGUUUGAAGUUUGUUUUAAUAAGAACAAGGUCGACCUCUCCGUCUGUGCGAAUAGUUUUGUUUCAGGUUGUUUGCAUUCUUUUCAUUCGUGUAAUAACCUAUUUAUAGUUUCUGCGUGUUGCAGGGACCACAAAGUCGUGUUGUUCAGGAACAAAAACAUUACUAACGUCAAUCGCAUAUUUGCGAUCCAUAAACAACCCUGUAUCGUAAGUAAGAGGUUGUUUCGAAAAUGGCAGCAUUUCCAUGGCAAUUUUCCUUUGAAAAGAUUAGGUUAUGAACUGUAUGCAAAGUUUCUUUGAUUGUGCACUCAAACAUUAAUACUUUCGUACUACUCUUCAACCUCGUAGUAAAAUUUAACCUCUACUUGUUAGUUCUGAUUGGAUUGUAUAUUAGCAAUAUGCAUGAUAAACAAAUAUUUAACAUUUCAAAUGUCUAGAAAUUCUUUUAUUUUGACUGGAUCUAGCAUUGCAAUCAGUUGAUGUUGAUAAUUGUUUUUUUUUUUUUAACAAAUCUGUUCUCAUUUGUCUUUGUCCUUUAACAUCUCUAAAUAUGUAAUGCAAUUAAAUACAAUGACAGUAGAAAGAGGAGAAAAUCAAUGUUUUUCUGUGUCAGUAUUUUAAGGGCAGGUUAUGUGGCUCUGUUGCUACUGUAUACAUUUGUAACUAGGCUCUCUAAUUCACAACACAAACAUGUUGAAGAAAUAUGUUAGGAAUAAAAAAUAUUGAUCUUUGGAUCAAGGACGCUUAACAGAUAUUGCACUCAAAGUUUAUCCAUGGUAACAUUGCAUACCAUUAACAACAGUUUUUUAAAUGAAUUUGCUGAGGAAAAUGGCUAAAUAGCAAAAUAAUUACAACAUCGUGGAUAAACUUUUCACAAAGACUGUUGUGCACUAGUUAACAUUAUUACCUUCAAGCCAUAUGAUCGUUAAUUCUACUGACUGAGCAUUCAUGGUGGCCAUGCAAUUUGCUACUUGAUAUGUUUAAUUUCUUGAUGGCACUGUUGGUGGUGUGGAGCACUUUGCUCCAGAGCAGAAUAUCUCUUUAGCUCUUUGACCUCUAAGAGUGACCAGCAUCUGAUUUCUCCUCACAGUAUCACCCCUUAAUCUGACAUACUUAAGUCACAGGAAUAAAGGAAAUGAUCACAUACUUAAGAAUUUCGUGAUUGUCUUAAAGAAAUUCUCCUCUUCUUUACCAUAGGAAAUGUAUAGAGAACAGUAUGGAGAAUAUACUUAAUGAUCUGGAUAUAAUAUAGAGGUUGCUGAUUUAUAAAAUAGCUAUGGCAAUACUAUUUAAGGACCUGAGAGUGUAAAUAAUAUAUUUUAGACUUUUUACCCUUCUGAUAUCAAUGAUUUGUUAAAUAUCGUCUCUUAGGUAUAAUAAGUGAUCAAUGAAUGGUGAUAUUGGGCGAAGAGGUGACUCCAGUCCCACUGACAGUGGAGUAGACACACGUGAGUGGGAGGAAACACACAGAGGUGUGUAUUAUAUUGAAAAUUAUAACUACUGAAGAUUAUUGUCUUUAUUCUUGUCAUAAUACCAUCAUAAUCAACGUCAUCAUGAUAGUCAACAAUUGUUUUAUCCAAGAGUAACAACACUAUUAUCAUCAUUAUUGUUAUAAACAAAAACAACAACAGCAACAUUAUCAUUAUCUUCAUCAUUAUUAAUCAUCAUUGCACAAAUUUUACCUUUACAAAAAUAAUUGAUUUUAACCCUUAGCCACUUAUGUCGAGAUAUAACAAUUCUCCUUUCUAGCUGCAAUGUAGCUUUCCUUGUAACUUUUUAUAAUUAGAUGAGAUGAUGCCUUAUCAAGGUAACAAUCCUCUAUACCUUUCUAUGCCUUUACCUUUGCUGGUAGAGAUCUUGCAACUUAAAAAAGGUGUUGUGGGAUUUAGUGUGUUGAACGUGUUGCUAAACUUCAAUAAGAAUCAUUGUUGAAAUUUUUGAACAAGGUUAAGAUUUUUCUACAAAGUUGUCUCAUAUCAAUUUGUACAUUGGAAACUUAAAGGUGUAGUUUAAUUUCUUACAACUACUUAGGGUUGAUACCUAGCAGUAAGAACUUGUGUUGAGAAGAAUUUGACCAAUUGAAAAGGCUUCCCUGCAUAAUAAUCUGUUAUAUGUUUUUUUUUUAUCUAGAAUGAUUAUUGAAAAUAAGUAGCAUGCUUGGCUUAGGAUAUUUGUCAUGAGUGUUUCUUUUUGGGAAUUAGAAUUUCAAAGGAAUGGGAAAAUGUAAGAGCAUAAUUUCCUUGGAAUGAAAUAAAGUAGAGUAGAAAGGUCAUAAAAAAUGCUAAUCAAGGUUAUUUCAUGUAUCAUAUGAACAAUUUACUGAGGAACAUUGAAAAAUGAACUUUGCAAAUUAUUAGGCAUUAACAAAUAUGAUGGAAAAUUUUAGUAAAUAUUUGUGGACACCUGCUGUUGCCAAAUGUAUUGAGCAACUUUAUAGUUAUGGGAAAAAACCUUCCUUGCUCCAAAGGUAAUUAAUGUUUGCUUGUCACUUAAGUUUAAGUGGAUAAGCACUGUUCUGAACUUUGGUUUUCUGGUAUGUUCUGUCAUUUUUAAGACAUAAUCUAUGCAUUGAUUGCACUUUCCUUGCUGGAUUCUUUGCAAUUUUUCUUUUCAUGCUUUGGAGAAAAGUGACAAAAAGCCUUUGUUUCUUAGGACAAUUAAACUACUGAAGCGAUGAGUAUUCUUUUAAGGAAAGUCAAUUAAAUAAUGGUAGUCUAUGUAGAUGGAACUCACAUGCAAAAGUUCUUUGGCUUUUGAGCAUAAGUAUGGGGACAUUUUUGUCCCAAACUUUUCUGCUAAUCACUGCCAAUUAGGUAUAUUUUGAAGUAUUGAAAUUACACCUUCUCUGUAGCUGUUUAUAGGGUGUAUUGUAGCUUUGAAUUAUAUGGUUAAAGCUAUCAGCAUAAUUGUGGUUGAUUUAAGUAAAUUGUGGUCAGGUUUUUUCAAAGUUAUUUUAAUUUACUUAUUGAAAUUCUUUUCUUUUUUUCCUUUUUCUCUUGAACAGGACCAAGGAUGGUAUGUUCACUUGUUUUUCUUGAAGUUGUAGUUACACCUAAUUGCAAUAACAUUAUCAGAGAAAGAAUCAAAUUUACAAUAAUGAAAGAUUCAUGUUAAGUAGGAAUUUAUUACGCUGAGCCAUUGGCUUGAAGUGACUCCCCUGCAGUGACACUUUCUUUUAAAUUUCCAUAACCUUAAAUUCAAUUUUUGCAAGUAUGGCUGUUCACAACUGUAUUCAACACCAUUCUGCUCAGUGUGUUUUGCAAGAUCUUUCUGUUUUUUUUUUCUGCUAGAUUGGCAUGCCCUAUCUUGUAGAGAUCCAUAUCAGUUUAAAAAUUUAAUUACAUCCUUGAUUAGACACCACAGAUCAAAGCAAAAUUAUAAAUGAAUGCCGCCAUCAAAUAAAUGUUGGACCCAGUGAGAAGAAAAGUGCUGCAAUCAGUUAGAAGUAUGCAGAAUUUAUUUUGGGACUUUUAGGAAAAAUAGCAAGAUGGUGCAGUGCUACUUAAAAAUCAACAAAAUUUCCGGAUAUUGUACACCUUCCAAGCCAGACAAAUACAACACUAUCUCAGCCAAACAUGGAAUACAUAAUGAACUGAAAUAUGUUUUGUCUUAGUUGAUAUUCCUUAUGUCGAUUCUACCAUAAUUGUCAUCAGUGAUUUGAAAUGAAUACUCUCUUGUGUUGAAAGACCAUUAAGUUAAGCAUUCUAUAUUUUUUUUAGUCAUUAGAACCCUACAGUUUUGGAAGUGACUCUUCCUGGUCAAAUCUAAAUGGGGUUGAUGCAAAGAAAAAGUAAGUUAUGGGCUUCCAUUGAUAUUUGUAAUCAUUAAUGUCUUAGUUCUUCUUUCUAAAAUCAAUUACACAAUUUGUAAAGGCUUUAACAUGAACACAGCAUCACUCAAGUGUAGUGAUGAAUUAAAAAUUUUGACAGUGUGCAAAGCACAGAAAUUGACAGAAAUUAUGAUUUCGCUUCACAAUCCUCCAUAAUUUUAUUUAUUUUUUCCUACUAAUUUAAACCAUUUUGAAGUCAUUUAGAGGCUUUAGAGCUUCAUUCCCAAGCUCUCUCCUUUCAUUAAGCCCUCCAAAAUUGGUGAGCAUUAAGAAGCAGAACAAAAAGAGUUGAAUGAGCCCAAACUCAGAGAUGUCAAGCACAGAUUCUUUCAUCAUUUGGACUUAAACCACCUAGCAAUUGUGCAAGGCAAUGAUAAGUUCUAUGACUUUUUAGACUCAAGAAAGAAAACUCUCACAAAGCAAGAAAAUCUGUCACAUUUGAUUUAUCACCAAUUCAUCUGUAAGCCAAACUAUUUGAGAUUUAGUUACUUAUUGUCAAUUUGGAGAAAUCAUGAUUUCUUGUUGUUAAUUUUUAUUAGGUAAUCUGUCAGACAAAAAAACCUAAAAAACCUAAAAUAAGUUCUGGCAAGUUUGAUGGCUGUUGAUUUUCACCAUGAACAUGAACAGUGUUUAUCUGGUUGCUAAUAUGUUCAUGCAGCUUUAAAUUUCCUGGAAGAAAACAGGGAAGUCUGAGUUGUAAAAUCAAAACCAACAGAAUCCCAAAUAGCCUAUCAGAACUUAAAAGAUUAUACAUAAGCCUAGGGUUCUAAGAAGAAUUUGUGUUAUGAUCAAGAGCUUCUAGUUGGUGAUCAUUUCCUGUAUUCUCCUGACCUUGACGUGUGAUUCAGGGGUGAUAAUGAGAGGAGAAAUAAGAUGCUAAUUGCUGGUAGGAGACAAAGGUUUUUGGUAAAACCAAAUAAACCUCCUGAUGAACAUGAUUGAACAUGUGGCAAGUUUAAACUAUUGGGAAAUUAAGAAGAGUCCUAUAUGGGACGCUCAUGAAAAUCUGAAAAUGAUUGUAUAUUAUUUAUAAAUUUUACAAAAAAUCAACCAUUUAAUUGAUAUGGGGAGAAUUAUUUGACUCCAAAGCUGUUUAUCUGUGAAUUGCAAUGAGGUGAAUUUAAAAAUUGUACUUGCCUGAUUUCAUUUAUAGUGGUUCAUACAAGGGAAAGCCUCAAACUUUAGUAAGUACUGAAUUAAUUCUGAUGAAAGUGAGCUGGCUCUUGUAACACUUCAAUGUCAACAGUCUUAAACACUUUUUCUAGAAAAUUCAGUAAUCCUUCAUGUAGGGCAGAACUUAGCUCUGAAACAGGCUCAAAUGAUUUUGUUGUGGUUGUUUUCUUUUAGAACAAUAAUGUUGAUCCAGGAAGAUCUCCCAAGAACUCCCCUAAACUGGGGUCACAUGAUGGUAAGGAUUUACACAUUUGCACAACUGGUGUCCUGAGAGUUGGACAGAACGGAUCACUUACCUGCUGCUUGUGAGAGGAUAUCAUCUCAAAUAGUAACUCACUACUUUCCAACGUGGAACUUCUAAAAAAUCAUUUGUAUUGAAAUAUAAUCAUCUGCUUUCACCAUCAGAUCAAAAGAAGCCUGUUCAAGCUGCAAGUCAGUUUCUUGCAAGAACAAAUUUCCUUCUGGAGGCAUGUGCUUUUAGAUCUCUCUUCUUUCUUCUUGUUUCUUCAUUUCUUUCCCUUGUUCCUCAUGUAGUAUUAAUAUUUUUAAGGCAAAGUCUGCAUGGAGAGGUAUUAAAAAAAUGAACUUGAUAAAUGGGGACAUAAAGUGUUGUAGACAAUUGUAAUUAGUUUUGAGUCAAGAGUGUUGAUCUGUUGGUACAUAUGCUUCCUUUAGAAUUAGCUUAAGAGGGCCCAAUGGGCUCCAAGCUUUAUUUUUUUUCCCUUUGGAGGAGGAGGGGGGGGGAGCUUUUUAAGGAAGGGAGUACAAGAAAAGGUAACCCCCAAAGGUAUUAGAACUUUUUUAAAAGUCCAAUCAGCAAGAAAAUGAAGAUGAGAAGGCAAUUUAGAAGGUCGGAGGCUAUGAAGUUGGAAGUGUGUUUCAUGUAGCAACUGCUAAAUCAAUCUACAGGCAGUUGUAAGUUAUACUUUCAAAUACCUUACAUCAAAGGAAUAGAACUAAAAAAUAGUACUUAUCCUAAGGCACAAUUUUUGGCCCCCAUUCGAUAAGUUUUAAGCAUCAUUUUUCUCAGAUUGAGGGGAAUUUUGCAAAGCUACCCUCUGGAAUAAACUCAGAGAAUAAGCUCUUACUAAAUCUUUGUAAAGAAUGGGGUGAGGUUGAAAUGAUCUGGGUUUUGUACUGCUGUUUGAUAAAUAAAACAAUUCUGCAUAUUUUUCUGCAGCAUCUUUCAUCCUUCACCCUAAAGACAGCACAAGAAGCACAAGUUCCAGCAAAGGAGAGACUUAGGCAAACUAAGGUUUAGUUUACAUCGAAUUUUUGCCUUUAAUAUAUGUACUGAUUUUCACCUAGUUUCCAAGGAAGUUAAGAAUCAAAGGAAAUUUUCCUAAGAAAGAAAAUAUUAAUGUCAGCUCUUAGCACUAUUGGGAAAAUUUAGAAAUAAGAGUGAAAAAAUUCACAAUUGACACAUGUAAGUUGAAUGACGACCAAGUUGAAUUGGGAGUGAAAAUUAAAUUUGUUAGGAUUUUAUGAUUACUUAAUGUUGACCCUUUACGCACUUUAAACAUCAGUAUGGACAUUUUGCAUACUGUUCUCUAUAGAUUUCUUGAGGUAUCCACCGAAAGAAUUUUUUUUAAGUAGUCAGUAGCUUCUCUAGUUGAUGAUAAUUUCCUUUGUUCUUGUGACCUGAAUUCUUGAUUCAGGAAUGAUACUGUAAGGAAAAUUUAGAUGGAUCAGGAGUUGAAGGGUUCAUUUUCUAUUAGUAUAUGAGAACGGCUCUAUCAGGAUGUUCAGGAUCCUUUUUCUUGCAGGAAUUGUUAGCAAAAGGGAACCAGUGGACAAAAGAGAUGGAGAUGAGAUUGACAGACACUGAUGUGGUGCUUUUAGAUGGGGAGACUCAGGUCAAGAUGCAAAUUACCAUAACUUGUUUUGAUAUGUAAUAUGUUAGAGAUCGUUAAGAAUUCUGUAUUCAGCAUUACUUCAUUUCAUUCGAGUGAACUUGAAUAGAAGACAGAUAUUCUUUCAGUAUUUGCUCAUUUUUUUUCCCCCUGAAGAUUUUAACUGUACACAUGCAUUUCUCUGAGAUGCAUUGCAUUCAGGAUGCAUUUAAAAUAAAGAAAUGUUCUGGAAUGACUCAGUUGAAAAUUCCAUGAAUUUGACUUCCACAUGUAUUCCCCCUUGAAAAGUUUUUCCUUGUUGGCCAUGAAGAUACUGCAAGGUAGCACUUUGUUGCGGUACUGUGCCUAAGCAUUUUCUUAAUAUGCCUUUCUAAUUUUGACCAUGUUAAACACAUGGACAAAAUAGAUCAUGUUGGAUUUCAUAAAACACAUAAAAGUUGCUGUCAUUUCUUCUUGUGAUACAGGAAGGGUUGUAUAAGGAGGUGGAAGUGUACAACUUAGUUGGAUAUUGAACCUUGCUUGAGAUAAUCUCUUCUGAAAUGUUGUUUUUCUUCUUCUUUCAUGCAGGAUGUAGUAGAAGUGUUUUCAUUGAACACUGUAGGCCAUGUACAUCAUUUUAGCGAUGACCCUGACCUAAACAGUGUGUUAGUAUUUAACACUCUGCAAACGGAGAAUAAGUUUGCUGCUAUGCAUCUGUUUCAGUCAGACAGGGUUCCGGUAUGUAAUUUGUAACUCAAUUCUGUACUAAAAUUAAUGGUAAAGUCUGUAAUUGAAUUAUUGGACUUAAGUUCUCUGUAGCUCAUUUUUUUUUUUGCUUUUGAAUAGGCUGCUGUUGUUGCAACUGAAAUUAUGAAAGCAUCGAGCAGCAAAGCCGUAAGUAGUCUUUUUGCAUUUAUUUUUCAAAUCGUUAAAAAGAGAGAGCGUAUUUAACGUGUCUAUUGAGGAUAAUUAUAAGGAAAAUCGACUCGGCGAUUUCUCUCACUCGUAAAUCUAGGCUACAGGUGGGAAACGUUUUUGGGUUUUUCUUGAGAGCCCUAUAAUUGCAGACAAUGUUAUUCUUUUAAAAAAAAGGGUAUUUCAAGUGAGUGAAUAAUAAUUAUCACGAGAUGGCAAAUGAAUCAGGUUUUUUAAAUCUCUUAAGAUCACAAGUCACUAUUCUUUUUUUGUUAAACUAUUACAUGUAAUUAAUUUAAUUUCUUAGAAAUAACAAAAAUCAUUUUUUUUGUAGGCAAUGCCAAACAAAUUUGCAGCAAAAGGAGGCGCCAUACUACCCCCACCCCCUACACACCCAGCGCCCCCUCCCCCCACGGUAAAGAUUUCUUCAUUGUUCUAUCAGUCAGAAUCUUGUAAAAAAUUAUUUUCAUGUUUUUUGUCUGAAAAUAUUAUUUAUAAAUGGAGUGAAGCUAAGGCCUUUCCUUAUUAUUCACGGUUUUAGGGGGUUGACCAGGAGAGAUUAGAUUUGUAUGGAAAAUCACUUGUGGCACAAACGAUUGCAGCCUUCUCAGCCGUGUCUGAUACCAGUCCGAAGAAAACUGGAAAACCACAAGUGUCAUCAAGAUACCAAGCUGGAGAAACAUCCUCCGAUGUUCCAGACGAAACACUGUCUGCGGAACUGUUGGAGGCGAGGACAAACAGAGAUGUGGUAAGAGACAACGAUUCAUGUCAGUAGCUAAGAAACUGCUCAUCUACCCCUCCCCUAACCCAACAUUACCUAACUUUUUAUCAUUUGGCUGUUGUUGGGCUAGGGGAGGGGUAGGUGCGUAGUUACUGAGAUGGUGACAUUGAUCCCAUUUCAUCAAGGAUACAAGGUUUGAAGGAGAAUUAUUUCAAAACUCGAGAAAGCAUCUCAGAGUUAGUAACAUUUAAAAUUUGAAGCUUAUCGUGUCUAAAUCUCACUGAAACAUUCGCUAUUGCAAAACGGCCAACUUCCUAAGUGGCGAAAUUGCUAAUGUACCCGUACUUUCUUUUCAAAAUUUCUAACUUUUAACAUCGUGUGGCCGAGAGAAUUUAAAAUGUAUUGGGCUGAAAAGUUCAGAGACGGGUAGAUAUGUUCUAUAUUUCGAUUAUGUAAUACCAUUUGUAGCUUGAUAGGAAAUGAAGAGCAAGAGCUAAUGAGCAAAAAACGUAAACAAAGACUUCCUUACAGCCACAGGUUUGAUGCCUUAGGAGAUUUAAAACCCUCCCUCCUUUUUCCCCUCUCCCCCUCUCCCCCCGUCUCUCCUCUCCCUUCCCCCCCCGCUUACUGAGGUUGCAGAUCAGUAAACAGGUAAACAGAUGUAACCUGGAUGAUAUUGUGCUCUGUAAAAGAGCAUGGAAAAAUAAAAUGUAUUUUAUAACGCUUGAUCAGUAACUUCGCAAAGUGGCAAACCUCUCCAGUUUAGUUGCUAAUUUCAGAAAAGCAAAGAGCCUAAUAUUAAAUUUGCUUAUUUUAAUUCUAGCAAAUCUUGAACCACUGUAUAGAUGAUAUCGAGAACUUAGUUAUGAGAACAAAGAGAUCGGCUGAGGCCUGGAAAAAGCUGCAGAAAAAGAAAGGAAAAGUUAAACGUAAGUUUAAAUCCUAGAUCUGUGCACCUCGAUCUCAAAUGUUGUUCUUAUGUCAGUGACAUCUUUUUUAUGAUUACCUUUUGUUAUUGUGAUGCCAACAGAAAGUUCUUUGUCACUUGAAGCGCGCCCGCCGCCUGAGGCUGAAUUCUUCGAUGCAUUUCAGAAAUUAAAACAUGCCUUGAAUUUGUUGGUGAGUCGUCUUCAACAUUGUCUUAACUUGUUAGUUGUUUGUGUUCUUUUUAGUAUAUUGUGGACACCAUGUCACGUUGCCUUGUUUACGUGGCGUGACAAAGUUAGUUCUUGUGACUAAGCGGACCAUGGAUCGUCAGAUCUUUGUUCUGACGAAGGGUUAUUGCUCAAAACGUCAGCUUUAGAAACUCCCUACGGUGACUAAUUUUAAACUACACUCACCCGGACGAUCACACUAUACGAAUCAGAUGAUAAAAGAAAAUUAUCUCGCAGUACCCCCACCAACGCAGCAACACACUUUCUUUAGAAACUUACCCCUUCCCCCUCCUUCAUCAUGGAUGUUGUAGGCAAUUGUAAACUGAGUAAUGAAAAUACUCUUAGAUUAGAUUGGUUUUCUACACUUCGCCUUGUGUCUGUUCUACGAAACUCGCACUACCAUUUCAACCAAUUAGAUGUAAAGCUUAAACACAGUGGUGAAUUUCAUUGGCUCUCUUUUUGCGGUUUCCUUUUUGCUGAUUGGCCCUCGUGAUUAGUCUGGCUUAGGUCAUUCAAUUCUCAAUCAGAAUGCGCAAUAAAAAUACUUUAAUUUUCUCUUACACAGGGCAAGCUGAGGCAACACAUUCACAAUCCUAACGCAGCUGAAUUGGUUCACUAUUUAUUUGUUCCCCUUUCCUUGUUGAUUCGCUGUACAGGAGGGUAAGUGGUAUCUUUCAUUUUCUUCGCUUAAUUAUCGCGCAGGCACUUGUGCUAGAUAAACGGUCAACAAACACAGUAGGUUUUAUUUUGAUUUCGAAGAUAUCUACUCCGAUGAUCAAUUUUUCCUUAGACAUGAUUUCUGUUGUAAGGCCCACUUUAUCUUCCUAAAUUCUCUCGUGGACAAUUCCUCUCGUGCGGAGGUCGCCAGCUACUUAUUUCAAUUGGUAUUCACCGUCUGACUCUCUUCUCUUCUGCCAGAUAACGUGAAUUGAUCACGAUAUCUUGGGUUUCGGGAUACAAAUUAGUGUGAUAGUUUAUGAUUAUGAAUUGUUUUUUUUCCAGCCCCGAGAAGGCCAGAGCAGUUGUUGUGCCUCUGCUUACAGCUCAAACAAUAGACUUGCUACAGAACUGUCUCUCCUCAAAGGAAACCGAAUUAUGGAUGUCUCUAGGACCCAACUGGACGAUGCCAAAGUAUGUGAAGCUGUAUUCCUAAGUAACUUCUUAAAAUAAAUAAAAAUUAAGGAGGAAUGUUGUGAUGAAAACAUUUUCGGUGAUAUCCUGUAGAGGAAUUCCUAUUUAGAGCUGUUACUACCGUACUGUUGUGAGUGAUUGCAAGUUGACCCAGAUAUCACUCGAGCAAUGAUUGGUCAAAAACCAGGAAAACUUGAAAAUAUUCGAUUAAUUGAUUGAAUGAUUGGUUGGUUGACAGAUUGAUUACGAGGAAGUAGCUUAGGGAACUACGGGGCACGUGACCCCUCCUCUCUGUUCGUUAUGAACUAAUAAUGAAUAGCAAUUUUCGAGAUGCGCAAAGCCUUGAAAAUGAUUUAGCUUUCUUUAUUUACAAGAAAGGUUUUGCAUGUGGCCUCGUUUUGAAAGUGAGGGUAUUUAGAACUUAGCAGUGGCCUUUUGCAACACCAAAGGAUCUUGCAAUGCUCCUUUUCCCCCCUUCCCCCCACCAUCCACAAAAUAAACCCUAUACCUUCCCCUGUUGAAAAAUCUUGCCUACGCCCCUGGGUAGGUGGAUAGAUUGAUUUGUUUUUCCCAUUUUCCUAAUUUGUCAGGUCAAGCAAACAGUUCAAGGAUCAGUUUAUCGCCCCAUACAAUCCUGUGUUCAAGGACGGUUGGGUUCCACCUGAAGUGAUCGCUGGUAAAGAUGUGUCCAACCUUAGUGCCGCUAUUGCUGCUAAUGCUGCUAAUGCUGCCGCUGUGGCCCAACUCAAUGAUGGAUCCAGAAAGGUACGUCAAGUGAUUGAAGAAACGUCUCAACGCAGAAACUUUUUAUCAUGAUUUGUUACCAUUUUGGUACCAUUUUGUUGUUGAAACAAACUGUGCCUUUUACUGAGAGAGUCAAGAUUCUGUCUUGUUAUAAGGGAUCUCUUAAAAUUUCAGAGAGCUUAUGGUGAAUGCUUUGUUGCUUAAUCAUAGGGAAGUUAGUUCCCUUGAUAGCUCCUCUGGAAAAGUGAUUGCUUCGAUUUCCCUGAGUCGGGUACUACUUUCUAUGCCUAUUGCACAGAAGAUGGAUGAAAAUCAUUUUUGCGGGGUGAUUUGUUUUGUCUGUUUUUUUCUAGGGAGAUGAUUCUGCUGCAAACCUGGCCAAUCCAGCGGUGCUAUCAGCAGCAGCCAAGUUCAGAAGACUAGCAAGUGUGAAAGGAUCUUCAGAAUCACCGCCAUCAAGGUAAACAACUGUGACUGUUCCAUUGAUGUAACAGCGAACUCUGCUGAAACUGAUAGCGUGCGUUGAUAGGAAAGUUUCUCUAUUUUUUUACUUGAGUUCCCUAUCGGCUCUUUAAAAUUACUUUUGGCUGCUCUAACAACUUUGGUUUUCAAGUCACUCUUAAAGCGCUCUAAAAAAAAAUUGUCUUACUUUGUAAAGGCAAAACCUAAACACGAUAGUCUGCUUGUUGGCUGAUAAUCAGCUUUUAAUGAAACUCUUGUUAUCUUUGUUGUAGUCCGCCCAAGAAAGGCCUGAGAAGAGUGCGAGUCCUUUACGAGUUUCAAGCAAGAAACAGCAAAGAACUGACGGUUCGCCAGGGAGAAGAAGUUUCGGUAAGUUCCUCUUUGCAUACAUUUAAUGGCGCCUAGGAGAUUCUAUGAAACACCUUGGAAAACUAGUGUACUCAUUGAACAGACUGCUCCUAAGUUAUGUCAACAAUACCUACGCCCUACAAACGACUUACUCACUUAAAAAACAUAACCAACAAACGUAACACACCCAACAGAACGAUCUAAUUAUAACAAAGGAUAACUUGUGCAAGUCAUUCUUUCCGUUAACGGGACGGGACACUUGUGCUGAGGUGACCCGUCCCAAGCCUUGUUAACUUCCUGCAGACUCGGAAACUUUGAAAAGCUGAUCAUCAGAUCUAAAGUAACGUAUCACAGCUUCACUUGCGUCGUAUAGCCAAUAAUGUCGGCGCAAAACUGAUCAAUCGGUUUUCACAAACUAGACCUGAAACGUUUGAGUGACAGAUAAACAACUCCUCCUUUAUCUCUGAUGAUGACUUCCGCUCAGGUCGCCGUGGGAAAAUAAGCCGUUCUCAAGGACGACAGUCCUUUUAAGAACUACCCUCCCCUGGAUGAUCACUUAUCACGAUCAAAUGUCCAACGAGUUUUGAUUGUCAAGUAUAAUUGGAAAGUUUAACUGCUUUUAAGUAAAAAGAGUAGUAAGCCAUGAAUUGAAGCGGGAUUUUAAUGUUUGGGUUUGGUAUAAAUACAGGUUCUUCUUGAUAGCCGCCAGUGGUGGUGCGUCAGAAACUCUGAGGGCUCCAUAGGCUUUGUACCGAGUACAAUUGUGGAAGAAACAGGUGAAGUAUUUUAUGUUGUGACCCCUCAGUGUCGAAGUGGUAGUGACCGAACGGGUAAUAAAUAUGCGUUAUUGACCAAGCGUGAGGUCAAGAUGGUUGGAUAUUGGCCGAGUUCUUAUUUGUCUAUCUGACCUUUUGAGCAUUUUUUUUUUCUUUUUCGGUUUAAUUUUGAAUACUGAAAAAUUUCCUACGUUAAGUUCAGCUCAAGACCAGAUACGUCACAAAGUAUUGCAUUAUCAGUUACUUUACCUACAGUUUUCAAGGUCGAACGGGUACAAUCCAUCUUACGGGUUCUUCUUUCCUUUUCCUUUUCCUUCGUAAAAUCCCCGCUUGAUUUCACCAUUCUCUCCCUUUCGCUAUCCCCGUGUGACGAAUUCCAGCAAUAGUUUGAACACUGGAAUACUUGGCUGUAGUUCGCUUUUCUCUGUAAUUAGCCUAGAAAACUCGCGCCUCCCUCUUAAUACUAAAUCAGUGAAUACUUGCGCUGUAGUUUUGCUUCCCAGUCCUCCGACAACGGCUCCUCCACCCAUACCAACAGCGCUGGUUUCGUCAUCGCAGACACUGGUAAGUUGCCUUUAAGUUACUUGGACCUAAGAUACUUGGAAACACACACAAAAUCAUUCAACAAAUGAAACCUUUUUUUUUUAUAUCAGAUCGGUAGACGCUAGGAAAAACCUGUUCUUCGUUCGCGUACUGACGAUAAGAAUUUUGUCUUUUUUUUUUUUUUUUUUGGACAUUUUAAGGUACAAAAACCUGAGACAGCAACUGGCACAGUGUCAGAGAGUCCAAAGAUUCCUCAUGUGGAGCUACGACCUGUGGGAAUAUCCAAGCAGAACAGGCCCGUAUCUGCACCUCCCUCGCAUCUGGUGAUAAACCCAACGGUGCCCACAAGCCAACCCCCUUCCACCCCUCCCUCAACUACCUCACCCCCUCCAACAGUAAUCUUGAAGACGGUGAAAGAGAAAGAGAAAGAGAAAGGUUUGUGAAAAGUUUCUUGAUGCCUUCCGUCGGAGAGGAGUAAUGUAAUGGUGUGCGCGCCCUGGGAAAUAUAAUAAACCCUGAAAUUUUCCAAUGUUUGCUUCGCAGUCCGUUUUAAUGUUGUCCGUUUUAAUGUUCUCCAUUUCCGACCAUCCUUGUUUCCUCUUAGUUCGCAGCCGACUCUUCGGCGUAUAUCUCUGUUCCCAUGCUAAUUUGUACCUUUCCUUAAUUGAAGACAUUUUUUGCUCAAAAAUGAUUUAAAAUACGUAGCUUGCGACCAGGCUCUUACUACACAGUGGUGCAAGCGUCGAAGCAACGAGGGAUGAGCUGGCCCAUUUCUCGCGGCUUUACCGCUUGUUCUGCCGCGCGGUGCCAAUGAAAACUCGCUCGUUAUCUACUCGUUGCUUCUUAUUGUAUCAUCUUACUUUUCAAACUGAAAUUUUUACUUGGGUGGAGAACUGUGUCAAACACAUGCAUGUUUUGGUUUUCAGAAGCCACGCCUGUGGCUACAGACUUUACCAAGGCCAUCCAAGCAAGAAAUCUGAAAAAAGUUGACCCAGAAGAGGAAAAGAAAAGACGCGAACAGGCUCAACAGAACAGAAGUGAGUGUUAAGUUUUGUUUUCCUUUUAACCCUUUAACUCCUGCAGUGACCGAAAAAGUGAGUCUUGCAUAACACUUUAACAUCUGUAUACAUAUUUUUCAUACUACUCUCGACAUAUCCUAAGUUACCGACCAGGAAAAUUUGGUGACCAAUCAUGAGCUCCUUUAGUAGCAGUGAUGAUCAAUUCCUUUAUUCUCGUCAAUUUGAUGUUUGAUAGGGGGGAAAUUAGAUAUUAGUCACUCUCAGGGGUUAAAAGUAUAAUGAUGGCAAGAUAUUUUCAAGAUAUAUGUGACAUGAAAUGUAUAUCAGACAGUGAAAAGUGAUACGUAGUUCUUGGGAGUGAAAGGGCUCUGAGCAAGUGUAGCAACACGAACACAAGAAUCUUCCAUAAGGAGGACACGCAGCUCGCACGUGCAUGAGGUGUGACUUCUGCGCGGAGGUACGAAUUGCGUGUGAGGCUCUAUUGACUAGCCGCUGUAUGCGGCCGGAUGAGAGUAAAAGUCGGAAAUCGAGCCUUAUGUUGGGAACGAGGAUCAUAGGUUUGGUUCCUUUGUGUCCCGUGAGGCGAUCUGGUUACUGAUGAAAUGUGAAAUUGAUAUAUUUUGACUCGUGGAAUGUUAGUCAUUAAAGAAAUUGAGCGUUAAAAUAAAUUAGGGGAUGAAAUUAUUGUCCUGUUGUUUUCUACACAGUAUUUUAUGCAAUGAAAUUCUUUCUCAAGUGAGCAAAAACCGUUUUCUUCCUUCGACAGUGAGCUCAGCAGACAUGUUAAACGAUGAACUCAAGCGAAGAAUGACUCACAGUCAGGGGGGACUCACACCAACAGCCCAACGGAAAGGUGAGGGGUUUUCUUUUUGCCAUCGUUCAUCUUAUUUUUCGUUCUUUCCGCCUUUUUUCGUUGUUCCUGUUCUGUCUUGGGUAAAGUGUCGCGACAUUACAUUAGUUGUCCCUUCCCAGUCCUUCAGCCGUCCUACAUUACACUGACCUGCUUUCUUUCGAGUGUUCUACUGGAAGUCUUUGUUUAGUUCACGUCUUGACCACCAAUCCCUCCCCCUUGCCUCUCUCCUCCCCUAGAGGGAGAGGGUGGCGUGCAUUUCGUAGUCCACCGCUUUAGUAGCUUAUAGGUAAACUACGUCGUUCAGAGAUAAUGAUUCACUUGCAAUAUGUUUGGUAACAUACUUUUCAAACUGGAUAGAGGAUUGGUGAUAAAUUUCCUGGAGAAAGGCAUUCAUAUAACGGAAACAAAGUUUUCGGGUGUCACUUGUGUUUUUCGGUUUUCCUUUUCUUCUAUGAGUUCCUGCUCGGAAUAUUUUGUAGUUGGAGAGUCUUUUUAGAUUGCUCUUCUUGAGCAGAUCGCAGUGAAGCAUCUCAUUUUUAUUGGCCCGCGUCUAAACAUUAAAUCAGCUUUCUCUUUUCCCCUUUUUCUUUCUUCCUCUUUCCCUUCCUUUUCCUUUCUUUUUUCCCCUUUCCUCUUUCCUCUCCCUUAAAUAAUUUAUUUUUCCCAUUCUACUGUGACAGACACACCGACCGUUAAUCUGACAGCUGAUUCAAACGCAAAGCAGGUCAAAGAGUGGUUGAAAAGUAAAGGUUUUAGUGACAGGUUUGUUGCUGAAAAUUAAAAGAAUAGAUAUUUUAGAGGCAUGCUCCUAUCAAGCCACUUAUAGAAUGAAACUGCUGGGAACGGACAUAGGUUCCUUUUUAAUUUUUGUUUUAGCGUUUAUUCCCAGUAUGAUCCAUGAAAGACCUCGGUGUGCUGUGGCAUUGAAGACAUUUCUCCCGUCUACGAGAUUACGUCACCCUUUCUUCACGACAAUUUUGGACGAUAGAAAUCCUACAUUACUAACAUCUGAAAAUAGUUCUCGACAUUCAAAACAGAAUCAUUUUUUCAGAAUCAGCGACAUUUAUGCAUAAUAAUGAACAACCAUGGCGGGCCAUUCAAGCAAUGAUUGCUAUGAAUGGCGCUGCAUUUAGAAAGAGAAGAGAAAAUUUGAGGAAGUUUAGGCAACGUCUUGUUCAAGAUGUAUUACGAAACAAGAGGAGAUAGAUAGAAAUGUUGCCCAAUCUGGUGGUCUGAUCAUCACCACUGUGGGAUGGCUUUAGUUCUAAUCCAAGACUUCACAGUUUACAAUAAGCCUGUUUAAUUUGUGUUUUUGUGUGUGUGUUGUUGUUGUUGUCAGCUGUGUGGCGGCAUUGUCUGGCAAGUCCGCUAAAGACAUUGAAUCUAUGACAAAGGAUCAGCUGAGACUAGCUUGUGGUGACGCAGAUGGAUCAAGGGUGUUUAGUCAGUUUUCAGUGCAGAAAGCCAAUUGGAAGGUAUUUUAAAGAUUUUAAUGGUAAAAGACGUUUUGCGGUUGGUUCAGACUUGUUUUUCAUUUAAGUAAGCAAGUCAAUUGCUGAAUUACUUUCCCUUUUUCCAACCUUGCAGGUAACAACUAAAGGUUCUGAAUUGGCGGUAAGUGUCAGGGGAGCCUUUUGUAGUUAUUUUUUUUUUCAACCAAUAUAAAUGCCCCAAAUACAACUUGAAGGUCCACAGAGUAAAACAAAAGAGAGACCUUCCUCUGGAGGUUCAACUGCCUUACAAAGCUGUAACAGAAAAAUUCUUCCGUACGUGCGUGAUAACAUUUGAAAGUGAGAUUGUUUUAUCUGGAAUUCUGCUUAGAAGAAACGGUGCAAACUGAAAUUAGGAUUCGUCUGCGUUGGUUCGCACUACGAUAAUUGAUUCAACUCACUUUUCAUUUUCAGUGUCUCCUUGGCAUCCCUUCCUGACGUCUCUUGUGUUCGUGUUUCCUCUUGCUACUUGUAUCUUUCAUUCCUUUCAGCUUUGAGCUGCUCGUGUUCAAAACGGGAUCUUUUCCCUAACCAAGCCUUUUUUUUUGCUUUUGGGCAGUUUAUUAUGCAAAAACGAAAGGAACGAUCAGAAGAAAAAGAGGUACCAGAGAAUGAUGGCGAGCUCCGCGUUAUCGUUGCCGAUGCCAAGGCAGCGGCAGCCAAAGAGGAGACCGAGAUCAGGCAAAGAACGUCCAGCACUGGACAGAAAUCAAAGAAACCAGGUGCCCCUCCACCGAAACCUCGACCUAAGAGCUUUGCAGAGCCUGAAGUUAAGCCGCGUACAAAUAGCCAGACGGACCAGAGUUCACCGCAAGAGAUGUCCUUUGACACUGAGUUUAUCCCACCCCCACCAGUGCUAGAUGCCGAAGAUCAGCCGACAAAUGACGAAGAAGGUCCGAGGGUAAGUGACCGUUGUUUUGGAUUCAGUGCGGGUGACUUUUUUCCUUUCUUGGUUUGUUUUGAAUUUUUUCUGUUUAGUUAGUUGUUUCGUUUUUAUUUGUGUGCUAUAUUUUAUUCUUCUUCGGGUACUGAAUAUCUGAGUAAGUUUCAAUUAUAGCGACCUUUGCUUUAACUCUUUGUCUUUUGUAACGACUUUUUUUUUACAGGAGAGAAAGAUUUCCGUCGAAGAUGUCAAAAGUAUUAUGCAAGAACAGAAGAAACAGCAGGAACUUUUGUUGGUGGGUUACUGAGAUUGCUAGCUUUUUAAAACCAAAUAUUGUGCAUUUGGAAGAAGCAGUGGCUGUGAUGUGUUUGUGGCCGUUAAUCAAAAACAGCCAUCGCGUAACCUGGAAGCUUAAGGCACAGCCGUUACAGCCAAACCAACAUUGUUUGUAAAUGUAUUGUUUUAAAAGAUCUUUCCUCAUGCAUGAAAUAUUUCAGCGCCUUUCAAUAGAAUGUGAACUGUUCAGCUCUGAAUAUAUCGUGGCAAAACGUGCCUUACGCCAUAGUUGUUCAUAACGUGGACCUCUCAUUAAACUAGGCUAAUAUUUCGGACUUCAAAAGAACAUGAUUAGCCCCUGUUUGUCAAAGGCGAAGGAAUGAAAGUGUCUUGCCUUUAAAUUAACCACUUUGGCCAAAAUGGAGAGAGGGAGAGUGGGGAGAGAUAGUUGAGGGUUUUGAAGUGAGGUUGAGUAGAAGUCGCCCUUCUAGACAUGGCGUUGAUGAUUUUAUUUUGUUCGGAGCAAGAAGUUUGCAAAAUUUUCUUUUUAUUAAAGGAGUUAACCGUUGUGUCUCUCUCCUCACCAGGAACACGACAAAACGCUUUUCCUGCUGGAGCAGCUUCAGAGACAAAAAUUCGAGCUGGAACAACAGAAAAGGGAGUUUGAAGAACAACAGCAGAAGUUGAAGCAAGCCGAGUUACAGGUGUGUUGCGGGACUCCCGUGUCACUCAAUGGUUUCAUUAAAGAACGGAAUUCUUGUCACACAACGGUGCACACAUUUCUAUUCUGUAAAGUUAUUUAACAGAUGUCACGCAGUGGGCAAAACUAUCCAUUCGAUUGAGUGAUGAUUUUAUGCAAUAGCAAGAAAUUCGCAUAAGAGAUUACACCCCAAGAUAUUCUCACUUGCAUUUCCUAUCAAGUGCGUGCUCUCCAAAAUUCGAAAGUGUUUUUCGUUUUUCUUUUUGAAGACGGUGUAAGAUAUUUAUGCUUCGAUGCGUGUAUCCAGUGUUGGUUUCCUUCGAAGUUUCUGAAACCAGCCAGCAAUACAUAUCUGGAUAAAAUGUUGUAGUAAAUAUCCAGUCGUUCAUAGAAAAGUUUAAGUGAAUGCCAAAAACCCUUUUGAUUGCCUUAGAAACAACACUUCCGUGCGAUUUCAUUUUAGGAACAGCAGAAAGAGCUGCAUCGUCAAAUACAAGCGCAGCAAGAUCAACUGAAGGUGAACGAGGACAAAUUAGUGCAGCAACAACGCCUGCUUUCCAACUACGAAAACGUGCCCCCGCAAUACACUUACGCCCAGAUGCCCCCUGUUAUGCCCCAGAUGCCUGUAAUGCCCCUUGCGGGGGUUACAACAGGGGCUUCGGCGUACCUCCCCAUGGGGGGCCUUCAACCCGUGUACUCAGCGUACCCUGGUGCGAUGGCUCAACCGGGCGUCACACAUAUGGUGCCUUCCAUGGGUCUUCCCUCAGUAGCUCCUACACAGCCGCCUACUCAGGGAUGAUGUGGCCGUGAGAUGAUUUUGUAGGAAUGUAUUGUAUAAUCUGGAGAACCGAAAUGUUUUUUAUUAUUUGCUAGACAAAGUGUGAGAUUUGUAAAGAGUUUUCUCUCACACUACCUUAGAGAAAGCCGCAGUUCUGAUGACCAACGCCAUAGGAAUAAACAGGCUUUUUCGGUCUAGUAAUAAUUUCAAGAUUUUGUUUGUUAUACCAGCCAAUUAGACAUGUCGAAUAAUCUGAUUCGCCCUGAUACGCAGGAUUGUGCCUUGAAAUUAGUUGAAAAGGUGCUACCUGUGUAUGAAAAUCUUCCUAGGUAGCACUUAUGAGGGGAGGGGGUUGGGAAGACAGCGUGGGGUGAUGGGAUGAGAUGGGAUGAGAUAUUUCUCCUCUGGGUUCUAGUUAGUAGACGCGGACAUAUUUCCAUUCGUUACAUACUUUCAUGCAGUUUUCAUUCGUCUUCUCCAGAUUUCAUUCCGUAAUUAAAGUACAAAUUAGCCCUCCUAAUGUGACAACUGCAUUGUGUCUUGCUUAAAGAGCUGUUGUGUGUAUGACACUUUGCAAUCGUUAGCAAUGUCACGCAAGGACUACAUUCUAUGCUGAGGGCUUUGGUCACGCAACUGUUCCGUGACGCAUGUUCAUCUUCAAGAAUUGUGUACAGCUCACCUCUGUACAUUCAUUCACAUUGCCUUGUGGUUUAACAUCUUUCACCUCUUUAAGAGUCAUAGCAACUCGUGUCUCUUUUAGAAGGAAUCAAAAGUUUUAUUCACUGUAUACAUCGUUCCCCUCUUUCAGCUCAAAACUGAAGAUAAAUAGCGCGUUAUAUUUUUGUAUUGCCCUUAAUGGAGUAGAUAUCUCUGCCUUUUGUAUAAUGCGAUAGUCUGAAGUCGUUUUGUCUAGCUUUGGAUAGAUGGUCGAAUGCAAAUUAAGUCAAAGUAUGGUUUUUGUAGCUGUAUAGACGUUUUCGGAUCAAUUCAAUUGAAAGAAAAAAUAUUUCUGAAAAACCUGCUCACCAGAGUUUUUUAAUUUUUUUCGUUGUCCUUGUAAAAUAGAGGUCGUUUUAAAAUAAUUGGUACAAGAAUGAUUUUUCCGAGGAGAGCCAAGCUUGUUGAUUUUGCUGUGUGCCCCAUGUUCAGCUUAUUUGCUGUAGCGAGAUUCGUUUGUGAAAAAGUAGCAAAUAAGUUAAGAAAAAAUGGCAGGAAAAAAGAGACUGCCGGAUUUGGAAAGAAAGAGACAUUUAGUCACUGUUACAAAAGUAUCUUGUGAACCACUUUUUAGAUUCGUAAGCCCUGGCCUUUAGAACGAGACCAAACACAAAACCUACUUUAGGAAGAUGAGUGUUAUUUGUUUAAGUUUGAAAAUCAUUAGGUGUGUUGGCCUCGUUCGUCCGUGGUAAAAGAUGUCCUGACAAUCAGCGACUGAAGUACAAAUGUUGCUCGUAUUUAAGUAAACAUGCAGAUGCAUGGAUAUUUGUGAUUAUUUACAAAAUUAGUGUGAUGUACAGAGUGAAGAGCUUUUUGCUUUGUAUGACAAUUCUCGCUGUAUUUACCACUGAUCACCAUGUAAACUCUCCCGGCUAUAUUGGGUUUUCUUUAUCAUU